ACAACUUGGAUAUAACUUGAAAACGGGCUUUUCACUAGGGAUUUGUUUUAAUUAAUAAUAUUUUUAUUUUUUAUUUGAGUGGGAUUUGGUUUGCGAUCAAGAGGGUUAUUCCGAGCUGUCUCAAACUGUUCUCAACAUUGGACAGAUGUUUGGGGCCGUCGUGUGCACGACCCUGGCCGACAAGUUUGGCAGGAAACCUCUGUACAUCUCCUGUCUCUUCGGCCUCACUGUCUGUGGGUUUGGAAUCGCGUUCUCACCCUCCAUCCUCAUGUUCAUCGCCAUCAGGUUCUGUAUCGGCACUCUGCAGCAGGGAUGUGGGUUGUCGUCCUACACGAUGUUUGUGGAACUGCUUCCCACCUACCACCGGGCGCUGGCGGGCAUGGUUGGUGCACUCGUCUGGGUGACGUCAUUAAUGGGGUUAUCCGGCCUGGCUUAUUUAAUGAGAGAUUUUGAUUGGAGAAAUGCGCAGUUUAUAUACGCUUCCGUUUCCGUUUAUGUGGUCGUAUUGUACUGGACACUUGACGAAUCUGUUCGUUGGCUCCUUGCCAAUGGAAGGCUUGACGAAGCCCGACGAUUGAUAUCCAAAGCUGCCAAGGUGAACAAAUAUGACCCGAGAAAAGCUCUCGGUGUUUUGAACAGUCUGAUAGCUGACCAGUCUGUAGCCGUUCCACGUUCAGCGGGAAGUCUGAAAGAGCUGCGAGAAAAGUUCCCCGAUACAGAAACGAAAACACCGCUGAUUCUGCCCGAGAAGGAAAAACUCAGCGUUGAGAGUAACCUACCUCAGUGUGGACACAAAUGCGGGCAUCUUGCAACAAAAGAUGACACUUCUGCUGGUGUAACAAGAAGUCCAGCUGUCUGUAGCGAAUGUUUGUCUGAUCAGAUUGAUGGCCUGGAAGUGAAUUCACAUCAAAAGCCAUUGUUAACACCAGAAAAGCUGGAAGUCGUAACAGAUCCUGAAAAUAUGAGUUUGUCAAGUGCUGAAAGGGAGACGACCGCUUCACAACAUGUAUACCAGAAGUCGAUAAAUUACACGGUUCUAGAUUUAUUCCGCUCGAUGAUAGUACUCAGGGUGACCUUAAUUAUCUGCUAUAUCUGGUGUGUGGACAGCUUAACGUACUACGGUUUGUUCUUGACCUCGUCUUCAUUGGUUGGUGAUAGAUUCCUGAACUUUUUCCUGUCCGCCAUCGUGGAGGCCCCCGCAGCCGUUGUUGUUCAACUCCUGUACUAUAAAACUGGACGGAAACAAGUGAGCAUUAUCUUCCACGUUCUAGCAGGAGUGUUCCUAAUAACGUCCGUUGCCAUUUUAGGAAAUGCGGGAAAUAGUGAGAUUGGAAAAAUUAUGUCAAAUGUAUUCAAUCUUCUUGGAAAAUUCGCUAUCUCAGCUUCGUUUGGUGCACUGUAUGUGUAUGGGCCAGAAGUAUUCCCAACAAACCUAAGGACGGCUGGUAUGGGGAUAUCGUCUGCCUUCUCCAGAAUAGGCGGAAUGGUAGCACCGUAUUCCAGAAUUCUCAGUCGAAGGUUCAUCUGGGGUCCAGGAGCCUUGUUUGGUUUUAUGUGUCUUCUGGCUGCAUUCCUGGUGAUGUUUCUGCCAGAGACCAAGGGCAGAGAACUCCCGACUACCAUCGAAGAGAUGGAGAAAUCCAUUGUUGAAACGGCAGGGCUUUGCAAAACACGGAACAAGAAGAAUCUACGCCAGGAACAAGAAUAAUGAAAAAUAUUCAACAAUAUUAAAACUCUAAACGUUAUUAACUGGACCAUGAUGUAGCUCAAAAGUUAGAAUACUAGACUACAGAGAGAGAGAGAGAGAGAGAGAGAGAGAGAGAGAGAGAGAGAGAGAGAGAGAGAGAGAGAGAGAGAGAGAGAGAGAGAGAGAGAGAGAGAGA